UUCUUACAAUCCGACCACGUUGUAAGUGCUGUUACAUUAUAUAAAAGCACUUACGCUGUUACGUAGCCUACUAACUGUACUUGGAUUAUAAAUGAGCAUUUGAAACCAAAAGUAAAAACAGCAAACGGCAGGGGACGUUUUGAUGUGAUUGAAUGAAUCUCAAACAACAGAUUUCUGUGUAAAGUUAAUAGAAUAAAAGUCUGACUAUAUGUUAUGACUGGCUCAGGGCCAUAACAAAAACUGGAGGCCAUAUCACAAGUGAAAAUGCAGAAAAGGAACAUUUGUUAAGGAUAAAGUAUACGGUUAACAAAAGGGAAUGUAAGCAUUGGAUUCAGAGUCGUAACGCAAAUGGUUGGAUGUGUUUUGUGUAUAAGUGAUGAGAUGUGAAAAUAAAAAUAAACUCCAGCUUACACUAUGAGACAAGGCCCAGCAGGAGAGCAGCACAGAGUGACGUGUCAGGAGGAGAGGAAAAAGAGACCGGAAGGAGAGAACAGAGAUACGAUUCCUCUGUUCUCUGGAUCCACGGCACCAUGACCUGCACAGAGAAGGAGCUAAAAGGUGCUUUUGAUGAGUUGCAAGUACAAGCUCUUCGUCAGGCUAAACUAACAGUGGAUUCACCAUUAAUCAAAGACACAGAUUCAGUCACAUUAAGCUGUCAGGCUCCAGUUCAUGUUUCUGUGCAUGAGUGUCGUUUCUAUGUGAAUAGAGGAACUCAGACACUUUUUCCCUGCAUAAAGACGUUUACAGGAACUGAGCUGCUGUUGAUGGCAAAGAAAAGUUUACCCUCUGUGGUUGAAGUGAGAUGUUAUUAUACUGUAAAAUAUGAAUCUGUAAUUUCUCCAUCUCCCCACAGUGAAACAUCCUUUAUUACUAUAAGUCUUAAGCCACAACUGGAUGUAAACUAUCGUGAGGGUCAAGCUGCUGCCUUCAUCUGCUCUCUGCCUGGAUCUGUGAAACCUGAUACAAAAUGUAAUCUGUACUUUGGAGAAUCAAGUCAUCCAGCAGCAACAAGAACAAUAUUAAAAACCAAAACAAGAACCAACCAGUGGUUCUGCUCGGGUGAAAUUGAAGAAAAUGAGUUGUUGAUACGUCUACGAUUGGUUAAACAGAAGGAGGUCAGCUGUGAUUAUAAAUUGGAAAGAGAUGGGAAAUCUUUGUCACCUCGUAGUGAUCCAUACAGAUUCACUGGUGUUGUGGAAGGAGAUUUAACUGAGAUCAGUUCAACACCAACAAGAUCAACGAAGACCAAAGGCUCUUCGAACGCUGUUUUGACCGUCCAGGAAUCCGUCACCCAAAGAACUGUCACAGUUUUUACCACAGGUACAACGAAGCUGACAACAAGUAUCUCCACUAUUUCCACUUCUACCAAGUCAGGUCAUGUGGAAGGAAAAUUAACUGAGAUCAGCAAAAUACCAACAAGAUCUACGAAGACUGAAGGUUCGUUGAACACUGAGUCGCCCAUCCAGGAAUCUGUCCCUCCAACAACUGUCACAGUUUCCACCACAGAGCCGACAAAGAGUCAGACCACUUCCACAGCAGCCUCUUCAACUGUUACUUCCACAUCUCAAGAAACGACAAAUGGGAUUUUUAUAUUCAAAGAUACGAGGAUGUUGAUAAUUGUAGCAACGGUGGUGGGUGGAGUGAUUGUGGUCUCCAUUCUGGUGGUGGCAGCAUGUCUCACGGCCAAAAGAAGAACUGGAAAAGGUUUGCACAACAGAAAACAAGUCAACCUUAAAGAUCAGAGUGUGUGGAUGAAAAUGACUGAUAAAACAGAGAUGUUGCCACUAGAUAAAGACGGCGUUUACAGCGUCAUCACAUCUGGACCUGCUGCUGAUCGUCCUGCAGGUCCUGGGAAACCUGCCACCGGAAAACCUAAAGAUUCUGACGUCUAUCACAUGUACUGCACCAUCCCUGAUUUACCUCCUCCAUCAACCAGGGAUGACGGAGAGUACUGCCUCCUGCAGAAUCACUGAAACACAUCUUCAUGGAGAAAAAACUAAUUCCCCGAAGAUAAUCAUUAGGUCUCCUAUAUAACACUGCACUAUUUUGUGGUGAUGUGAUGUUCUGAAAAAGCCUUUUGUUACAGAAACCCGAUGAACAAACAGAACAUGUUAAAGAUUUGGAUAUUCAACCCAGGAGAUCAGAGAAAAACAUCUUAUUUUACCCUCUCUUCUCAAACUUAACAAGUAGAUUUAAUUCUGUGAUUUAUGUUGGCUCACUAUUAAUUUUUUUUCACAAAGUUUAUCUUUUUAAUUUAAAUAAUUUGUGAAAACUGUUUCUGUGGAUGCUGCACACAUCAGGUGUGUUUGGCUCUAGUUAAAAGUUUAAUCAGAACUACAGUGGAUAAAGCGUCGACCUCACUGUCAAACAAGCCGGAGGUUUUACAAGAUUUACAAGAUUUAAAAAAAAUUCAAAGGCUGUAAUAUAAUGGAGGUAAUCCAAAGUUGACAAAGUGUUGUUUGGGGAGGGAGUGAGCUCCAGGAAUCCACCAUCGUCUCCACAGUUCAGGUCCAAGUGGUUCUGAUCACACCGGUGGACCGACCGACUCACCUGCUGUCUGGACGCUUCGCUGCCCUGGAUCAGACCAAACACUGCUGUGUUAUUGUUCCUUUACAUUUAAGAGAAACACAUGAAAUUCACCAAAAAAUGUGAUUUCAGCCAAAGUGUUUAGGAUACAAAUGUUUUUGAAAAACACAGAAUAACCUUGUACAUAUUUUGAACUCGACAGUCAGCACAAAGAGCAGAGAUGAAUUGAAUUUUAAACCCAAAGCUUUGCUGUGAGUCUAACAAACUUUCACACUUUUACCUGGUAUAUAUAUAUAUAUUCUAUAUAUAUUCUAUAUAUAUUCUUGUGAUGCUGUGGCCGACGUGCGAGUCGCUGCAUAGUGGGCGGUUUUCCUGAGAGCUUUUCUGAAACUUCACAGAGGUGAAAAAGUCAAAGAAGUGAAAUGGAAAAAAAACGGUGUCAGAAAAUUCACAUUGUUCAUCUUCAUUGGCUGCGUAGCUCCUGUUCAUCUUUUAUUUCAUAAUGUUUUAUUCUUAUUUUAAGCUUCACAAUUAAGUACAUUAUAACUCAAAUCGACAUUUUCCUUUUUUUGUGUGUUGGAUUUUAUCUGAACAGAAGUUAUUAGAUUUAGCAGAAGUUAAAACACUUUAAAGGAAAAAGGCAAACUAUAUUGCAUAAAGACAUGAAAGAAAAACGUUGUAUUAAACAUUUUAAUACCUAUUUUUGUAUAAAUUUGUGAAUUUUUCUCAAUUUGCAGACUGAUAGUUUCCUUGAAGGGUCAGUUCUUGUGUGAUUUUAAGUUUAAAAAAUAUAUUUUGAGCAAUUAUUUGGAGGCUACACAUCCCAUACAGGGAGAAAAACCUGUUCAUGACUUUAUUAUUAGUUGGCUUCAGACUUACUGGAUACAAGAAAGCUGUUACUGGAACGCACCUUCAAAAUAAGAGUUCCUGGAUAUUUGAGUUUACUUUGACUUGACCUGUUUGGACACUUUGUAAUUCCACUUACACUUAAUAUUCUUUAGUUUGUUAGUUCUCAUUGUUUUAUUUUUCUUCUCUCCUGUAUUAUUUGGGUUGAAUUUUAUUGUGUCUUGGUUCUGUGAAACCUCCUUUUUUUUUUCUUUUGUAAUAAA